AUGUACGAUCCGGAGCAACAAAGGCAAGAGAUUGAAAAUAUCCAGCGAGCAGUCAGCGAAAGCUUGAAAGCUAGGAGGUCCUUUAGGGUGUCGAAGAGGACUGCAAGGGGCUUCAAGUCUCAAUCUCCCGUGUCCAAUGUCCCUGAAGAUGCAGCGUCAAGGUUAACACAUGCGUACCAAAGUCAACUUUCGCUAGAGGCCCAGUUCCAGGGGCAAUCAACUAACGACAAAGUUAAUGUUGCAACUCCACUUCCUGUUCGCGAUCCAUGGCCCUCAAGUUUUACUGCUUGUCGACAGCCAGCUGUUCAUACGUUGGCAAAUCCGAGCAGACGCUCCUCCCCUAAAGGUCUUGACGAAGAGAAGAGAGCCUUCCAACCUUCACUGCCGCCUCUUCCACCUGUUCUACCGUCUAUCGGACAGCAGCAGGCCACGAGUGAGAAAGACUUCUCUGUCAUCAUGAAUUACCUCGACAACAUAUUCCCACUGCAGUUUUACUUUUACCAACCCUCUGCGUCCGAUCGAGGUCGAGGUUGGCUGCUUGCCUUGAUCCUUAGGUCAAAGUCUGCAUACUACACAACUUUAGCCUUUGCUUCUUUGACCAAUAUCAUUUUCCAGCACGGGGGUGAUAGUAGCGCACAGCCGGGGCCUUCUAAGAAGCUAAAUGAACAUCAUACUCUCGCCAUCACAGAGCUUCAAGAGCCGCUGGAGCGCUUGUCUACAAUUUCCGGAAGUGCUGAGCUUCUUAGAACUGGCGCCGAGAUCCUAGCUUGCAUUAUCCAGCUUCUGUCAAUUGAAGUAUUCAGAGAGACGAAGUAUUUCAAAGGUUACAAAAAUGACUGGGAAUUUCAUCUGGACGCCGCUUCAACCGUGCUCUGGGUGAUUGAAAACGGUCUUUCGCAAGAGUCAACUUCUUUGGCUCUACCAAUCGUGAGCGAAGACGAUAUUUCCCGAUUACCUGAAAGCUCUCUCGGUGACAUAAUUGGGUUGAACUUUUACAUGACUACUUAUGUCUGGGCUGAUAUCUUGCGCUGCGCCUGUUUCGGGCUGCGGCCAUCUGCUAGUCCAUCAUUAGAGUACCUGACACAUCUCGAGGAUGGCACUAUUCGUUUAGAACAGCUCAUGGGAUGCAGAAACUGGGCAAUGAUUGCGAUACGAGAAAUCGCGGAUCUGGAGGCAUGGAAGAUCGAUAUGCAGAGGCACAGUACUUUGGACAUACCAAUGCUUUAUCGCAAGGGUGCGGCCAUCGAAAGCCGUUUGGCCAAUGGCUUAAAGAGUCUUAAAACACCCGCCAUUGAGCAAGCAUAUAUCGAUCAGAUCUCCGACUUGACAACAGAGAUAUAUGCCUUAUCUGCGCAAAUCUAUUUGUCCAUUGUUCUAUCGGGCAAUUCUCCUUGCAUUCCUGCAAUUCGACUCACCGUGGCUAGUUGUCUCACCGCCAUCAAAGCCCUUCCUCAGCAUUUGAUCGUCCGAAUAGCGCUCCCAUUCUGCAUUGCUGGUUGUAUGGCAUCAGAUGAAGAGAAAGACAGCUUUCGGACGAUUCUUGAAGCUGCCGAAGCCGCUGGAUAUCCUCUGGGUAUGCUCUGGAACUCGUUAGAUGUCAUGGAAGAAUUCUGGGAAAUGAGGGAUGGAGGCAAGCCCGACCCGAAACCAUAUUCUGGAAACAGCGGAUGCCCCUGGACCAUCGCAAUGGAACGGAUGGGAAGAAAAUCUCUUCUCAUUUGA